AGCAGCUCCAAUUCACUCAUUCAUGUUGAUGACCCUACUUGAACCCCGAAUAAACAUCUUUGAGAACCCAAGGGGCUUGUCUGCUGCGACAAGAGCGAGGGAAGACUAUCUCCGCCGUCUUUCUUUCCCCGCUGCCUCGCUCUCACCGAGUCCUUGCCGAGUUAUGUAGAUGCGCCCACAUCUCUCGUUAUCAAAAGUCGCAUCAUGGACAGCAUCGCUGCCAUUCCAAAAGGGGCGGCAAUGGCCUCACCCAAGGUUGUGAAGAACUCUAAAGGCGCCAUAGUUCCAAGCAGCCAGAUGGCACAUGUUGAAUCGGGAUGUGAGCAUAUACGGGAAAUGCUCGAAGCCGCGAAAAAGCCUACCUUACACAACUACCGCCUCAUCCUCCAAAGUAUUCACGAAAAGCCCAGUAUAAAUGCGCAGACACACAAGAACUCGGAAGGUCGACCAGCCGUAUCCAUUCGCCCCCUCUACCUCUGCCUCCAGUGCCCCAAUAUAAGCUCCGAAGCCGAUCGGGAUCAGCAUGUCGAGACAAAGCUACAUUGCUUUUCGGUUGAAUCGCGGAAUGGGCAUGUGUACUGCGGGCAGUGCAACGACUUCAUUUACGACCCUGAAUUGGAGACUCGAAGGAUGCAGAAAGGCAAGAAGCGCAAAUUCGAAGACACGACCACGGCCGAGGAACAUAAACUUAUCAUCAAUAAUUCCACCUUUCUCCCUUGUCGCGCGAUCGGCCUACGUGGGCUUUACAACAUGGGGCAAACAUGCUUCAUGAGUGUCAUACUGCAGACGCUCAUUCACAACCCCUUCAUUAGGAACUUCUAUCUUUCCGAGGGUCACAAGAAGGAAGAUUGCGGCAAAGAGGCAUGUGUGAGCUGCGCGUUGGAUGAGAUGUUUGUCGAAUUCCAUUCGAACGAGAAAACUGAAGGGUUUGGUGCUGUCAACAUGCUUCAGGCAAGUUGGACGGCUGGCGAGGCUCUCGCGGGCUACCAACAGCAAGACGCACACGAGUAUAUGCAGUUCAUGCUAAACACCCUGCAUUUGCAGAAUGGCGGCUCGUCUGAAACAAACUGUACCUGCAUAAUUCAUCAAACAUUUUACGGCAAGCUUUCCAGCACCGUCACAUGCGAUGGAUGCAAGAACGUAACUACAGCUUUGGAUCCAUACAUGGAUUUGAGCCUCGACGUUCGGAACCUUCCAAAGAAGAGGAAAAAGGACGAUGCAGCGAACCAAAACCCAGAGGAUAUACAACUGACCUUGCGUGACUGUCUAGAGCGCUUCACAGGUCGCGAGAAAUUGGGCUCCGACGAAUACACUUGCUCGAACUGUAAGAAAGAGCACCCAGCCACGAAGCAACUGAGCAUCAAACGACUACCACCAGUUCUUCCCAUACAUCUGAAGCGUUUCGAGCAUCACAAGUCAACCUCUACAAAGAUUGAGACCAAGGUCAACUUUCCUAUGAAGAUUGAUCUUUACCCGUACACGUCGAAAUAUAAAUCCACACAUCCCAAGGGCUCGAAAAAUGCAAAACUCCCACCGUCCAACCACAAUGCCAACACACCCGCAAAUAGCCUUAUCUACGAACUAGCUACCGUCAUCGUUCAUAAGGGGAAGAUGGAUUCUGGCCACUACGUUAGCUAUUCUCGAGAAGGAAACGAAUGGUUCAUGUUCGACGAUAGUAAGGUAGUGUUGGUCAGCGAGGCAGAAGUGCUUGGUGCGGAAGCGUACUUGCUCUUCUAUAUGAUCAACGCUCUGGAGAUGUAGGCUCUCCUUGGAGGCGCACGCAGCUGUUUCAAUCUGCAUUGUCUCCGAGCAUUCGUGGCAUUACUCGGCGUUCAUUUGUUUUCGAUUUAUGAUGGUCUCUUUCCAACUUUAUACCACCGUUCCCAUCAUAACGGCUAACUUGGCAAUGGCGUAACUUGGGUUGUGAAAGGGAAACAUGGAGCAAAUGGUCAUUAUUCUCGUAGUCGUUAUCUAUCCUCCGUAGCCCAGAAGGAGUUCCCUUACAUCUCUGGUCAUCUAUUUUCACCUUGCAGAAUGGAGUGGACUAGUUCAAGGCGUAAACAACACCUGGAUCGGCGAUCAAUGACGAGUAGUUCCUAUCUCUG